AUGGAUUCCGACGAUGAACAAUUCCAACAAGCGGUAGAUCUUGAGUUCCAAAACCUUGUUGCAGCGGUGCGACGUGAAGCCGACGAGGCGGAAGAUGCGGCGGCGGCGGUGGCAGUCCCUCGGCCAUUCUAUCAUCGGUGGUAUUUCGACCGUGAUCAUGCCGGGGCUGACCGCCGGUUGAUGGAAGACUACUUCAACGAGAACGCCCGUUAUCCGACAGAGGUUUUCCGUAGGCGACUCAGAAUGUCGCAAAAUCUCUUCGUCCAUAUAGCGACGUGUUUGGCGCAGCGGUUCAAGUGCUUCAACUUGCGAUAUGAUGCCACCGGCCGACCCGGCUUGUCGACAUACCAGAAGUGUACGAUGAUGGGCGAAGCGACUGCCCUACAGACGUUGAGGCAGUUUUGCAUGGGCAUUAAGGAUAUCUUCAAAGGGGAGUAUCUACGGAAGCCAUCGGCCGAUGAUUGCCAGAGAUUGAUUGAUAUGCACGGGACUGCACAUCAUUUUCCAGGGAUAGGGCCACAAGAGAGCCACGAAUGGUGGUCGGACCAUAUUUGGUGGCCUUCAAGGGCCACCAUUGUGGACACCCUUAAUGAUGUAGGAUAA